AAUCCAAACCAAUGGCCGCUACCACCGAAUUCGCCACAUGGCUAAAUCAAAAACUAAAGGAACUGAAUACAGAUGAAUCUGUAUUUGGUAGCUAUAUUACGGGCAUACUGGAAGACGAAGAUAGUCUGGAUGAAAAGAAGGAAGCCUUGGAGGGUAUUUUAGGUGAAAUAUUGACUGAUAACAUUUCAGAACUGAUCGAAACAAUUCUGGAUAAAUGGAAAGCCUGCUCCAAUAGCAAAGAUGACGAGAAAAAUAAGGCACCUAAAAUUGAUGUUGAUGAGCAGUUGGUAAAAUUGUUGGAAUCAACCAAAGUUCAAGCUGUGGUAAAGGAGAGACAAUAUACUGAGGAGGAGAAAAGAAUACGUGAACAAAUUUUGGCACAAUAUUCACAGACUGAAGUCUCCGAUGAUGACUAUGAACCUGCUCAAUCCGACGAAGAGGGUGACAAACAUGGCGGUGGAGGUGGUGGUGGUUUAACCGGCAUUGAACGUAACACAAAUGCCCAGGAUGUUCAGAAUCUUAUUAAAGAGAAACGUGAACAGGCCCGUCUUGAAGCUGCGGCCAAAAAACAAAAAGAUAAAGAAGAUCGAGAAAAACAAAAACAAACACGUGAAGAGAAAAAGGAAAAGAGAAAAACUGUUAAGGGUGAACGUAGACGGUAGCAUGUGGGCGUCUA